ACGCAAAUCUCGGUAAACAGAUUGCCCUCAGAUAAACAAACACACUUGAUCACUCGACUAUGCCCGUCGGCGUCCAUGCUGCCACUGUCUACCUCUACACAUUGCUGGGUAUCCAGCUCAUCGUCACCACGUUCGGGCCUCUACGACUCUAUCUCCUCCGCGCGCAGAAACGCAGCUUCUUGGCUCUCUGCAGCGAAGCAUGCUUCGGCGUCGGCUGGGCGACGGCAACGGCGAUGGGGUGGUACUGGUUUCACGGUGCGAGAGUUCUACUUGCGCUCAGAAAGGAUCUAGACACGGAGCCCCAGUUGAUCUUUGAGUCCAUCAAGAGGUUUGGUCUUAAGAUCUACCUGGUGUACAUGUUCGUCACCCUUAUCUCUCUGUGGGUGUUCAAGCUCGCCUUCACGUUCAUGUACGCGGAUCUAUACGCGCGCACGGUCAACAUCCGGAAGCACGGGCUGUACGUUGCGGCCGUGUUCGUACCGCUGAGCUUUGUGGCGGUGAUACUGGCGGCGUCGUUGGAGUGUCGGCCGUUGUCAACGACUUGGGACAUUCCGAACCUUCUCCGCACAAUGAAGAUAUGUUCCCCCAUGAUCUCGCUGCGCACACAGAGUAUAAUCCUGGUGCUCACCCUCACGACCGACCUCUUGUUAAUCGCCCUCCCACUGCACAUCCUGCACUCCCUCCGCCUCACCUCACCCGAGAAGCGAGCCGUAGCAUUCAUCUUUCUGAUCGCGCUUCUCUCGGUGACCUCAGCAGUGGUGCGCUUCACCGUGCUCGAGGAGCGCGGGACGUACGGUUCCGGCCGGCUAGACUCGACCAAGGUGUACUGGAUGGCAGUGUUGACACUGCUCGAGAUCGCGGCGGCAGAGGUGGCGUUUGUACUUCCCGCGCUGCGGCGGGUUGUGUUGUGCGGCGGUGGGGGGACCAGACGCCGCGCGGGCAGCCAGGUCAUGUUGGUCAGGUUCAUUAAGGAUGGGAAUGAGCGCGAGGUGCUCGUUGAUCGUGCGGAUGAGGAUGCGACGGUUUGGGGGUUUGAGCAGAGGUGAUGGGGCGGGACGGGAAUGUGGUGGCUGGCGGGUUUCGGUUUCCUUACUCCAUGUAAUCGACGUGGUGCCCCGCAUGAUCAUCUUGGUCCUGGGAUUUUUUUCGGCAGUGGGAGGAUGUGGUCGCACGACAUACUAUAUGUAUCUACAUAGUAGCCAAUACUGAUGGGUGGUUCAUCACAGCAGGGCUG